GACGCGAUCCAUUGAUGCUCGAAUGAAUGAUGCAAAAAGAGAGGUUAUUGAAAUCCCAGAAACUAUUGAAGAGUUGGAGCAGUAUGCUGAGGACACUGUUUCAACUAUCUUGUACAUGAUUCUUCAAGAAGGUGGUAUCAAGUCCACUGCUGCAAAUCAUGCAGCUUCACAUAUUGGCAAGGCUAGUGGCCUUCUUUUUCUGCUUAAGUCGUUGCCGUACCAUGCUAGCCGCAGCCGUCAGUUUUCUUACAUACCUGCUAAAGUGACAGCCAAACACGGGUUGUUGGUUAACCAGGGAGGCCAAAUGGAGAUUUGCGUGGACUCUCGCGAGUGUUUGUGUGAUGCUGUUUUUGAGAUGGCAUCUGUAGCUAAUUCGCAUCUCCAGAAAGCUCAUGAAUUAGCUGGAAUAGUGCCUGAGGAAGCUCGUCCAGUGCUUUUGCCGGUUGUGCCUGCCUAGGUUCUUUUGGAUUCUUUGAGGCGUGCACAUUUUG